UUGUGGUAUGUGGGUGUGUGUUCAUGUGUGACGUUGCCUUCCUCUUCUUUCUCUGUGUUCUCUCUGUCGUACUAAAGUCGUAAGUACGUAAAAGUGUAGUCAUCAUCGUCGUAAAAGUUCCAAGUGCAUAUUCGUCGUCGUCGUCGGUCGUCGUCAACAAAACAGUCUGCAACCUGGGUCCAUCAUAUACGGCAGACGCAAAAACCUAUCUUGCCUUCCAUAGAUCCGUCCCCCUUUAGAGUUUAGAGCCUCAAAAGCUCUAUAUAAGUACCGUGUAGAUUUCUGUUUUCCUGUACGGCUACAGUCUAUACAGUAUACGCUCUACAGCUGCCACGGUCACAUACACAAUAAGUAUUAUCUUUUUCCUUUGCCCAUCCUGUCCCCUCCUAAUUUUUUAUACACGUCUUAUUGUCCUAUCGUUUUGGAGCAAAAAAGGCUGCUGCUACUGGUGCCGUCUGCCGUGUACAUGCAGGGUACACACAUAUCUACGUAAAUACUGAGAUAGAGACUGACUGAACUCUGUAGUGUGCUCGUCUACUCGGUGUGCGUGUGCCGUGACGAAGAUUGGAGGACCGACCGAAGAAGUGACAGUAUUGGAAGAAGAAUCGAACUCUUUUUUUCGGAAAGUGGCUUGUUGCUGAGUGGCCUGGUGACAAAAUAAACCAAUAAACAUGCGGCGACAAGGACAGGACGUGAUGCAGGUUAACUUGGCGGGUAUCAGGCGGGACAUUGUCAAUCUCGCCCACAACUACAGCAAUGCACAGAAAGCCGUGCGGAAAGCGACGAGCAAUGACCCGUGGGGCCCGAGCAGCACCCUCAUGGCGGAGAUCGCCGACCUCACGUACAACGUCGUCGCGUUCACCGAGAUAAUGCAGAUGCUGUGGAAACGGCUGAACGAUCACGGCAAGAAUUGGCGACACGUUUACAAAGCCCUCAUGCUGCUCGAGUACCUCAUCAAGACCGGCAGCGAGAAGGUCGCCCAGCAGUGCAAGGAAAACAUUUUUGCCAUUCAGACGUUAAAAGACUUUCAAUACAUGGAGGGCCACAAGGACCAGGGCAUCAAUGUGCGCGAGAAAGCGAAAUCACUAGUGGCCUUACUGAGAGACGACGAAAGAUUGCGGAACGAGCGCGCCCGGGCGCUCAAGGCCAAGGAAAGGUUCGCCCAGUCGCUCAGCGGCUUCGGCAGCGACGGCGUCGACUCGACCGAGCCGUCAAACAGCGACUUCCAAGAAUGGGUACCGUGUCACCUCUCGGGACCUCCAUCGAGACCCGAGUUGGAGGAUGCCAGACCCCAGACGGUCGGUGAAGAGGAGCUUCAGCUGCAGCUCGCCCUAGCCAUGUCGAGGGAGGAGGCCGAGCAGGAGGAGCAACGGAGGCGCAGCGACGACGUUAGACUGCAGCUGGCGCUCAGCCAGAGCCAGCAAGAUUUCAAGUCGCCCCAGGAGAAACCGAGUCAUAUGCUCGAUUUGCUCGACGUGAAUUUGGGCGAGCCCAGCGCCUCGGCAUCCGCGUCGGCGCAAGCUGACCCCUGGGGACUGCCGAUAGUAUCACCGACUCCUCCGAGACCACAGCAGCAACAUGAUCCGUGGGCCAUUCCAACGGCAACUAGUGCUGCUACUCCUGCUACUGCGCCAAUAACAAUCGAUCCUUGGGCUCCAGUUUUGCCACAUAGGCCGAGAUCUCCAGCUGCCACAGUUGAUCCUUGGAAACCUCCAGCACCAUCACCGGCAACAGUUCCUCCAGCAUCGAACCGUGUCACUGUUGAUCCUUGGGCACCUGUGACAACAAAUAAUGCCGAUAACAAGUCUUCUCCGCUCGGAUUCAGUGUAUCUGCGACGGCGACUCCCAGUUUUAAUACCACCAGUAACGGCCUGAGUUCUGCUUUUACCACAUCGCCUUUGAGUCAAGUAAACGGCCAAAGUCCACUCAACGACCUUGAUGAAUUCGACAUCAUUAGUAAUAGAAACAAAAUGGGAUCUAGUCCACAGCCUAUGAAUAAUGGAAAUACAACGUCGCCAGACCCGUUUGAUCUGCGAGGCCUUGGUGAAUCAAUGCCACCCAGCACCGGCGCCAUCAAAAAGACUCCGCAAUCAUUUUUGGGUGAAAACUCGGCGCUUGUGAAUUUGGACAAUCUCGUUAGCGCGUCGACAAUUAAAGGUCCAGCUCCAGCACCUGCCGCACCUGCAUUCUCGGCGAAUCCCUUCGCCCCGGUGACGCCACCGCCGCGUCCAUCGAUCAACCAGAUUCGACAGGACCCGUGGAUCAACACGUCUACCGCGACCUCGACGCCUACGCCAACCGCCGCGGCUAACCCCUUCCUCUCGUAGCUCUGAACAGCAACAUCAUCAGCAGCAGCCACUGCAGCCGAGAACCAGCGUCGCAUCUCUCGCGCCAGUACACACAUAUUAUAUAAUAUACACAAAAUGAUAAAUAACUAAGCCCGCGCCGUGGUGACGUGCAUGCAUCUGUUGCAUUCCACUCAGAGAAAUGAUCAACUUUUUAUCCAUACCAAUGGACGAUUUGAUUUUUACACAAAGAAUUUUUACACCUUUUUUUUUCGGAUUCGAAAUUUUUAUAUAUUUUUAGAGCUCAUAUUUAUGAUGAAAUUCAUGCGUAAUAUAAUCAGUAAGUGAUGCGUUAUUUAUUUACUUUUUUUGUUGUUAUUAUUAUUAUUACUUUUUUUUUCUUUUUACAUCAAAAGGAAAUACUUUCCCGUUAAUCAUCGUUGAAUUUUUGCUGUGUAAGCAGUGUACAUCGAGUAUCGUGCUAUUCCUAUUGAUUCAAAUACAAAUAGUUUUAAAAGACAAUCGAUUUUUACAUUAUUUUAUUUUAUUAUUUUGUAAAUAACUUACUCUCUGAGUGUGAUAGCCGGGUGUGAAGGUAUUUUUGCCCCGAAACAAGACCCUGUGUGCAUGUGAAAGGUAUACGAGUCAUAAAUCUUGGCCUUGAAUCGUAUGCGUCAAACGUAUAGGUUUACCAAGAUUUCGAAAUUUGCUUUUAAUACGCUAAUGGUUCGAAUAGUUCUAAAUCCCAUGAGGCGCGAGAGCAUCGGAGUACGAGAGGCAUUGAGUGAAGUUUUGAAGAAAAAUUGAAAACCAAUGCGCGUUGUGAAUCGAACGCUUCAAGAUCCAUGNAA